CUGGCUGCACCCCAGAUUCCUCCCAGGGCGACCCACCUCCGGCAUCGCAGCGCCCGUCUGGCUGCGAUGGCCAAUCAGAACUGCCGAGUUCUUCAUUUGUCAUGUUAAAUGUCGACAUUUUUUUCUUCAGUCUUUUUUCUUCCUCUUCUCCGUGUCUUGGGGUAUUCCUGUCGUGUGUUCUCUUGUAUUCCUUCUUCCUGCUCCUGCGAUGCCAAUUGCAGAGGAUGAGGGCAGUUCGUCUUCCGCGCCGCCGAGGCGCACAUCUGCAAGGACUCGUCGCUCGACAAAUCCAGAGCCGUCUCCCUCGCACGCGGUCCUUUGCGACGCCCACGUUCGACGCCUCCAACUCCCGCAUACCGCCCUACCUCAAAUUGGUCCAUAACUAUGGCAAGGUUAAGGAGGUGCUCGGGAAGGGCACCGCCCUCACCCUGGCUGAGAAGAUCCUCUAUAGCCACCUCGACAACGCCGAGGAGUCCCUCCUGACCAACACCGACGGCGGACGCAACAUCCGAGGCGUCGCCAACCUCAAGCUCAAACCCGACCGCGUCGCCAUGCAGGACGCCUCGGCCCAGAUGGCCCUUUUGCAGUUCAUGACCUGCAACCUGCCCUCGACUGCCAUCCCCGCGAGCAUCCACUGCGACCACCUGAUCGUCGGCGAGCGCGGCGCCAAGGCCGACCUCGAAGCCGGUAUCAAGGCGAACCAGGAGGUCUUCGAUUUCCUCGAGUCUGCUGCGAAAAAAUACGGCAUCGAGUUCUGGCCCCCCGGCGCCGGUAUCAUUCACCAGAGUGUCCUGGAAAACUACGCUGCCCCUGGCCUGAUGAUGUUGGGCACCGACAGUCACACGCCGAACGCCGGCGGCCUCUCGACGAUAGCUAUCGGCGUCGGCGGAGCGGACGCGGUGGAGGCCCUCGUCGGCGCGCCCUGGGAGCUGAAGGCCCCUCGCAUUCUGGGUGUGGAGCUCAAAGGCAGGCUGGGCGGCUGGGCGUCGCCGAAAGACGUCAUCCUCAACCUUGCCGGCCAGCUUACUGUCCGUGGCGGUACCGGCUUCAUCAUCGAGUACUUUGGACCCGGCGUCGAGACGCUGAGCUGUACCGGCAUGGCGACCAUCUGCAAUAUGGGCGCCGAAGUUGGGGCUACGACGUCCAUCUUCCCCUUCAACCCAGCCCAUGUACGAUACCUGGAGGCGACCCAUCGGCACGACGUCUCGGCGAAUGCGAAGAAAUUCUCCGACAUCGUCCAGCUCAAGGCCGAUGCGGGCGCUAAGUAUGACGAGAUCAUCACCAUCGACCUAUCUCAAUUGGAGCCGCAUGUCAACGGACCCUUUACCCCCGACCUCUCUACCCCCCUUUCCCAGUUCAGGCAAACUGUCGAGGAGCAGAAGUGGCCUGAAAAGCUAUCUGCCGGCCUGAUCGGAAGCUGCACGAACAGCUCGUAUGAGGACAUGACUCGCGUCGAGGGUAUGGUCCGUGAAGCGAUGGAAGCCGGCCUUAAGCCCGCUUCAGACUUCUAUAUAACCCCCGGUAGCGACCAGAUCAGGGAAACCCUGCGAAGAGAUGGCCCUCUCGACACCUUCAAAGAUGCCGGCGGCACCGUGCUCUCGAAUGCCUGCGGCCCUUGCAUCGGCCAGUGGAAGCGGCACGACGGCGUCGAGAAGGGUACGCCGAACGCCAUCUUCACCUCGUAUAAUCGCAAUUUCCGCGGGCGGAAUGACGGCAACCCUGACACCAUGAACUUCCUCGCGUCGCCUGAGAUUGUCACCGCGCUGGCGUUCGCUGGCACGACCACCUUCAACCCGAUGACCGACGCGCUCGUGACACCGUCCGGCAGCGAGUUCCGCUUCACGCCGCCCUUGGGCCGCGAGAUCCCUACGCAGCCGUUCGAGGUAGCGCGGGAAGAGUUCCGCGCGCUGAGGCAGGCGCCCGACUCGUCUGUCAGCGUAGCCAUCUCGCCGACGUCGGAGCGGCUCGCGCUUCUCGAGCCGUUCGAGCCGUUCCCGGCGUCGGAGCUGACGGGGCUGCGAGUGCUCGUCAAGGUGACGGGCAAGUGCACGACGGACACGAUCUCGGCGGCAGGGCCGUGGCUCAAGUACAAGGGCCACCUACCGAACAUCAGCGCCAACACGCUCAACACGGCGACGAAUGCGGAGACGGGAGAGGUCAACGCGGCAUACGACCUCGACGGGUCGCGGCACUCGAUCCCGGAGCUAGGGCGGUUGUGGCGCGAGCGGGGACAACCGUGGAUCGUAGUAGCGGAGCACAACUACGGCGAGGGGAGCGCGCGGGAGCACGCGGCGCUGCAACCGCGGUACCUAGGCGCGCGAGUAGUGCUCACGAAGAGCUUCGCGCGCAUCCACGAGACGAAUCUCAAAAAGCAGGGGGUCGUGCCGCUGACGUUCGCCGACGAGGCCGACUACGAUCGCAUCGGCGCCGGCGACGCCGUGGACACCGUCGGCCUGCUCGACAUGCUGCGCGCGGGCGGGCGCGGCGACGUCGCGCUCAAGGUUACGAGGAAGGGGACCGGAGAGGUCGUCACGAUACCCACGCGGCACGCGGUCAGCGCCGACCAGGCCGGGUUCAUACUCGCGGGGAGCGCGCUGAAUCUGCUGUCGAAGAAGAAGUAGGCAGUGUGGUGCCGAUGGCGAGAUGAGACGAUCAGAAAUGAGACGGGGGAAUCCAGCUCAAAUGAGAUGGGGGAUCUAGGAAGAAGAUCAUUAGUUCGACGCACGGCGCAUGUCUAGGUUACAUAGAUAUCUACGACAUAUGUAUGUCCCCGGUACGCGUUACAACAGAAGAGACACACGUUAUUAGCCCGGGCCGACGCAGCCCGGCCGCGGAGGCGGGAGGGGG